GAGCCCGGCGCGGCCAUGAGGCGGCUCCCGCAGCGGGACGGGGCCGGCCCCCCGCGGGAGAGCCUGCGGAACGGCUACGUGCGCAGCUCGGCGAGUCCGCUGCGCGAGGACCCUCCGCGCGGCUUCUUGUACCACGUCUGCCGCCUGUGCAACGUGGAGCUGCUGCUGCCCCGCGCUGCCGCCGCGGCCGCCUCCUCUUCCUCCUCCUCGCCGCCCCCGGGCCCCGCUCCACGCCGCGCCCCCGACGAAGCCCUGGCCAGCUCCGCGCUGGGCGCCCUCGGCGGCUUGGUGCUGGCCCGGCUCUUGUGGCCGGAGGGCUGCGCCCGCCUCGGCCGCCCGCUGGGGCUCCUGCUCCGCGGGCUCCCUCACGUCCUGUGCCCGCUCUUCAGUCUUGCCUGUGCCUUCUUCUUCUUCACCUGCUUUCUGACCCGGCCGCGCGGACGCCGCCUCCGCCGCCGGGGCGCUCGCCGGGAAUGGGGGCUCCUGGCGCUGCCCGCCUGCUGCUUCGUGGGGGACUUGGUGCUGGCGCACUGGGAGCCCGGGCCCGAGGGGCAGCUCGCGGUGCUGGGCAGACUGCUGCUGGUGCUGAGCUGCGUCGGGGUCCUGAGCCUCCUGCAACCCGUGCAGCCGGCGCGCAGCGUCCUGGUGCUGCUCUUCUCCGGCGUGGUCUGGUGGGUGUCCGCCGCCAGCCUCAGCCUCCUGCCCGCCGCUCUCCGGCCCCUGCUCUCCUGGCUCGCCGGGGGCAUCGGCACUGGGCUGGCCCUGGGGCUCGACCGCUUCUUCCCGCCCGGGGAAGCUCCCUCCCCGCCUCGCCUGAGCGGGGAGGGCAAAGUGCCUGUGAUCCGGCCCAGGAGAAGAUCCAGCUGUGCGCCCAUAGGCGAGACUCCCCUCAGCUUCGGGAACCAAACGUCCCGGAGACCUUCGUUGCCUUGUAUUUCCAGAGAACAGAUGAUUCUUUGGGAUUGGGACUUGAAGCAGUGGUCGAAACCCCAUUACCAGAAUGCAUCACGAGGAACUGAUGUUGAUGUCUCCAUGCUAAAUGAGGCUCGUCAAAUGGUGACAGAACUGUUGCUGGAUCCAGCCCUCCCCCCACAUGUGAUCACUUCUCUUCGAAGCAUGGAUAGUUUGAUGGGUGCUUUCUCCAAAUCAUGUAGGCCUAAUGUCAACUCAUUCCCACUGUUUUCUGGGUUUAACCCUUGCAGUGAAAUAGAGGACCCAGAUGAAAAAGACACAAAAACUUACAAGACUCCAAGUCAUAGAAAUAGUUUGCUGCUACCACAGCUAAGGAGAAACUCAAGACCCUCCGGACUCCCUCUGCCGCCCCCUGAGCCGUCUCCUUCCCGAUGGGAGUACAGUACCAGAAGGCGCACGCUCACUCUCCGACAGCCGAGUACUCCAAGCCUAGAAUCUCCAGAUUCAAAUGUAUUUACAUUCCCAAAGCAAAGGUCAUCUUCAGUAACCUUGACUGACUAUAGGAGUCCUCUGAGAUCUGGUGCUUCACCCAACCUGAGUUCACCUAGCCACGAAUCAAAGUCCACUGGUUCUCUAGUUAACUGGUCACCUAUAGGAUUUCCUGAUGCUGCUGAUUUUCUUACUAAGCCGAAUGUUACUUUACCCAAACCUCUGGGGAUUGCACUUAGUACUACAGAUUUGCCUCGGCAAUUUAGAACUUCUGAUAGCCAAAUAUGUACCAGUUGUGGACGUGAGGUACUGAAGCAUGUUUCAAUACAUGAAUCUGAAUAUGAUACAGAUGACCAGGGUGGAAAACCAGUUGAAGUGGGAAACACCAGUAUUACCCAAGAACCAAUCACAGAAGCUAGAGAGGAGCCAGAGCAAGAACCAGACAAGAGACUUGACAGACAACUGAAGGAAGAAAAGGAGAGCAAAGAGAAGAAAAAGGAGGAGGAGAAGGAGAAGGAGAAAGGAAAAGGGGAAGAAGACUCAGAAGAGGCCCAAUGGAAGUCCUCUGAUAAACCAGGAGAGGACUUAAUCCAUGACCCAGUUAGGUGCUAUGACCAGAAAGCCUUGAAGGAAGAUGAAGAAAAAGAAAAGGAAGGGGAGAAAGAACAGGUGCCAUCAGUGAUACAGCAGAAUAAAAACUCAAAUUAUCCUUAUGGAAACGCAGAGAUAGAUGAGGAGUGCUUACUGGAAUUGACAUUAAGAGAAGAUCAUGAUGCACUAAUAGCGAAGAUGAACAACUGGAAUUUCCCUAUUUUUGAAGUCAUGGAAACAAUGGGAGGAAGAUCAGGAAGGAUCCUGAGCCAGACUAUGUAUACCUUGUUUCAAGACACUGGUUUGAUGGACAUGUUCAAAAUCCCUGUUCCAGAAUUUGUGAGCUACUUCCAUGCAUUAGAAAAUGGCUACCGGGACAUUCCUUAUCACAAUCGCGUACAUGCUACAGAUGUCUUACACGCAGUUUGGUACCUGACAACUCGGCCGAUUCCUGGAUUUAAACAGAUCCGGCAAGAUCUUGUGAAAGUGAUUCGUUCAGAAUAUAAUAGUGGACUAUCUCCUAUACGCAUUUCAUACACUUCCUCCAAGAGUUGCCCGAUGACGGAUCCAAACUAUGGGUGUGUAGCUCUGAACAUUCCUGCUUUGGAACUGAUGGCUCUUUAUGUGGCAGCAGCUAUGCACGACUAUGAUCACCCAGGGCGGACAAAUGCAUUUUUGGUGGCCACUAGUGAUCCUCAGGCUGUGUUGUACAAUGACCGCUCUGUCUUAGAAAAUCAUCAUGCUGCUGCUGCUUGGAACCUAUUUCUUUCUCGCCCUGAUUUCAACUUCCUCAGUAACCUUAAUCAACCAGAGUUCAAGCAUUUUCGUUAUUUAGUGAUUGAAGCUAUUCUAGCCACAGAUCUCAAAAAGCACUUUGAUUUUCUUGCUGAUUUUAAUACUAAGGCCAAUGAUGUGAACAGUCCUGGCAUACAGUGGAAUAGUGAAGAUGAUCGGCUCCUUGUGUGUCAGGUGUGCAUCAAAUUGGCCGACAUAAAUGGUCCAGCAAAAGCUGAAGAUCUGCAUGUGAAGUGGACAGAAGGGAUUGUCAGUGAGUUCUAUGACCAGGGAGAUGAAGAGGCCAGUCUUGGGCUGCCCAUCAGUCCCUUCAUGGAUCGCCACUGCCCACAGCUUGCCAAGUUGCAGGAAUCUUUUAUCUCUCACAUAGUGGGGCCCCUGUGUAAUUCCUACAAUGCAGCGGGCCUGCUGCCUGGCCUGUGGAUCGAGGAGGAGUGUGAAGAUGCUGCGAGGGAGGAGUUUUGUGAGCAGUCCCAGUCAGAAGAAGAUGGAGGUCCUGCCCCUGCUCCUGAGGCUUCUCUGCCUGGGGCCAGGCCAAAACUACAACGAAAAAGGAAGGUCAAGUACCGCAAGUUUUGCCAGCUAACUCAGCAUCUGAAUGAGAAUCAUCAGCUGUGGAAGAGGCUGGUGGAGAGAGGAAGCGAGGGCCCCACUGCAGACUUCACGCCGGGUGGGGAGGGCCCCAGCCCACUUCCGAGUGAAGAACUCUGAGGCGGGAAAGGCUGCUGCCAUCUUGCCCUUGGUCCCUGGCAUCCCCUCCGCUAGCCAGAGGGAGGCAGUGUGGGAGGAGUGGGGGAGGAGCACUCCAUCCCCCGCCCUCUGGCCCCGGCUUGUCCCCUGGACUGAGGAAGGACCAGCCCAUCUUCUGGGAGGGGAGGCCUUGGUGCCGCCCCAGCCAUGUCCUCAGGGACCAGGCAGUGGGGUCUGGGCUUUGGUAAAUCCCAUGAUUGUAAAGUCUCUGGAAGUCCCCCGUUGGGGCAGAUCUUUGGGCCUUUACGUGCAGAGCCUGCAAGCUGAGAAAGCUCUUCGUUUGCCAAGGAGGCAGAACUCUGGUUUGCGUGAGACUGGGAUUCACUCUGCUCUGUUCUUGCAUCUCCGUGGCUCUUCCUGUCUAAUGACGAAGAUGGUGUUUGCUGCACAGCCAAGGGAUGGUCUCCAUGGUGUGUCUUAGCCUCCCACCUUUGGUCUCCCAUUUGGGGACUGGGACAUCCACAGGAUAUUCUAAUUUUUAAAAACGAUUCGGAUGGAUUAAGACAUCAAUUUCUGAUGCCUUUGACUCUUGUGCACCAUUGUUGCAGUUUUGCUGAAAUGAUUCAGGUUUGCUGUGAGCAUCAGAUUUUGCCUCUUUUAAAUUUAUAUACUGAUGCUCCAUGGUAGAAUUUUUUAAUCUUUAAAGAGGUUUGUUUCGACACAGUACUGCUACAUUUUUUCACUCUUACUCAGGAUGAAUCUUUUUAAGCAUAUUCUACUAAACCCAAUGAACGCAGUCCCAUCCCACUGUGGGGCCUGAGCUAUGUUCCACUCGCAGAUACACAUUUUGAGACAGAUCAAAGCCAAAAAAGGGAAAAACUCGGCCUCAUUCUUUUUGUUGAAUUGAAAUCCCCUCUGAUCCUUACAUAUAAUGCAAACCACUCCUACAAAAAGUUCAUGAACAGCCAAAUGAAAAAGUCUGUGUGCCUUCUUGCAGUAAACACAGAAUCGGACCAGCCAUCUUCAGUCAGAAUUCCCCCGGUCAGUGCUCUUAGAAGUAUAUGUGGGUGACACUGAGGCACCCAGCUUUGGAUCUGUUUUCUUCUGCCCCAGAUGCAUUCUGGGAAGCUUUUGAAAAGGUUAAACUUAAGAUGACUACUGUGUAUUUAUUCCUAUUGCCCAGUUGUUGGUUUUGUUUCAGAACUAUAUCACCAUGUAGAAUUGCCCUGAUUCUGGAUUUCUCUUGCUACCUAAAAUUAUUUUUACCCACCAUCUUCCUAAAACUUCUCGGAUGAUCAUGGUGAAGAUGGUUGCAGAACACAUGCAUGGGCAGCUUUUCUAUAGCACGUGUGAGCUAGGAAGGUUGGAAAUGUAAUUUUGUGUGGGGAAAUUCACACUGAGCUAUGUAUGAGUCUGUGGGGAAGGCAGCACCCAAACCAGCUCCUACCGAUGCCUGUCAAAUAAUGAAUGAUGGAGCUCAGCCUGGACUAAAGGCAUCUGGCCGUGGCCUCUUGGCAGGGUAAAGAUGUGUUUGGUUUGCGAGCCUGAUGUGACUGGAGAGGUAAUCCAGAUUGUACAGCUGUCACCCCCAAAGGAGCCAUGGCCAUCCAUCUGGAAUAUGGUGUCAGCAGUUUGCAAAAGAUGCUUUUGUUGGGUGUUAACACACAAGUUCCUGCUCCCAACAGUGACCACCACCUGCCACACACUCACCAAGGGAACUUGUACCAUGUAGACCCGGUUUCAUCUACAGUUAAUGGUUUGGCCUUUUUCCUGUUUUUUUUUUUUCCCCCACCAGAAACCAGCCUCAGAAGAGCACCAUUGCUGUGGGUUCUGUGCAGCACACCUGUCAGUGACAAAGCAGGCACUAAAGGGAGAGCCCUUUUUGGUUAAGAAUUUGAAGGGGAGGCAGGGGGGAAUUUAAUGUAAAGUUUUCAUUUAGCUUCUCAAUAGAAGCGUGUUAUUCUUUUUUAUUCUUUUAGAAUAUUCAGUUACUGGAAUUUAUUUUAAAAUAAUGGAAUAAUUUGACAAUUGGCUGUUGAUUUUUCAACAUUAGAGCUUUUCAACUUUUUGUUCCUUGAUUAUGGCUUAUAAACAAGUGACUUUAGCCCAAAGAAACUCUGCAAAGUAUUUUUGUCCAAUUUGUUACUUGCAUAAUCAUAAGGAACAGAUAUGAUAUAUUAAAUAUUUUAAAGAUA